AUGAUCCUGACUGCUGCCGUGGUUGGCCUCGAAGAUGAGAAUCUUCCUCAUUGUCUUAGAUGCUUGAAUAGUUCCCGACAAUGUGAAGGAUAUGAUAAGCCCCAGGUUUUUAUCAACCAAGUACUAUCGCCAGCUCAAUUAAACCCUGAAAAGGGAGGACAGAGUAUUUCAAAGCAACCAACAAAAACAAUCACUAAAUUCUCCACUUCCUGUGUAAAGCUUCCUAUGACGCUUACACUUGACAUCUCGAGAGAAGAUUUAGCUAUAUCCCACCUAAUUAGCAAGUUCCCUGUCGACUUUGCAUGGAGACUUCCACCUGGGGUUCAUGGCUCGCCUUUGUCUGCCGUCUUUUCCACCCCCAAAGAGCGUACUACCGUCUACAUGGCCGGAUUAUGUCUUGCCGAAGCGUUUUAUGCGAGAGCCCAGAAACGCCACGAUCUGAUGGUAAAUGCAACGCUCCUAUACAGCCGCUCCCUGCAGCAUCUCCGCCAAGAUUUACAAGUCCUAAGCUGUCAUACAUCAGCUGCUGUCAUGUACUCUAACCUAUGGAGCUCUUUUCUUCUCUGCUUGUAUGAGAUUGUAUCCGGCGUUAGCUCAGUUGGGUGGCUGGAGCAUUGCCAUGGCAUCACUGCUCUUAUUGUAAACUUCCUUUUGCAGCGGAAACACUGCUUUCUCGAGACAGAUGAUUGGAAGACCAUACCCUGGCUCAUUAAACCGAAAUCACUCGGAUCUUCAUUACAAGAUCUAUUUUGUGACGUCCCUGGAUUAAUGGAAGACGCAGAUGUAAUCAUGUCUCGAUCUACUCUAGAAGAAGAUUUGGAAGGCAUGAAAGAGGCACUUUACGAGAAAGUGGAAAACACAAUGCAGAAAGCAUCCCAACUGCGGUGGCAGUGGGAGCAAGACCACGCUGAUGCAUGCAAAGAGAUGCCAUCCACAGACUAUUCUCCGAACUCUUCAGCUGACCCUUUCCCAACUGUGCUUCAUUUCAGUAAAUUGGACCGUGCUAUUGAGAUUGUGUUCUUCAAUACACUUCAUCUACUUCUAGACACAUUGUUGGACUCUCUGGCCCCGGAGAUGGCAUCUUCUCGUCGUCCAUUAGGAUUACAAGCAUAUUUUGGCCCUUUUCAGAACACACUACUUCUUCCAGGCCAAGGCAACAGAGAAGAUUAUGCCUUGGAGAUUUGUCGAAUCGUCGACUUCAUGUCACACUGCAAGCAUGACAGUCUUGGAAUGUUUAUGCUUCUAUUUCCUCUGUAUGUGGCACGUGAGAGUUUAACACGGCGUCCGAAUGUUUGUGCAUGGAUAGGGAAGAUCAUGAAUCAGCUUGUUCGUGAAAAGGGAUUUAAUAUUGGUGAGGUUUUAUCGGAUGGCACAGCAUAUUAG